UGUCAAUAAGCAUUAGAUCUCUCUCGUCAUAAAAUUAAAAAAAUACAACCUCAAACGAUUCACGGGUUUCGCUUGAAUCGUUUGAUUUUCCCAUUUUUUUUCCAAAACUAGCAAAAAUGGCCAAAGAGCCACCUUCAAUCUCACUCCUCCUCCUCCUCCUCUCCGCCGUCGUAUUUAUCACCUUCCCCGCCGCGAUCUCCGCCAUCGGAGUCAACUACGGCACUCUCGGAAACCUCCCGCCGCCGACUCAGGUGGCGAAUUUCAUCAAGACUCAGACUUCCAUUGAUAGCGUCAAGAUCUUCGAUGUGAAUCCCGAUAUCCUCCGUGCCUUCGCCGGAACUGGAAUCUCCGUCGUCGUCACCGUUCCUAACGGUGAUAUUCCGGCGUUAGCUAACGGAAGACAAGCUCGCCGGUGGGUUUCGGCUAAUAUUUUGCCGUAUCAUCCUCAGACCAAGAUCAAGUAUAUCUCCGUCGGAAACGAGAUUUUGCUCACCGGAGAUAAUAACAUGAUCUCGAAUCUUUUACCGGCGAUGAGGAAUCUUAACAAUGCUUUGGUUCGUGCUGGUGUCAAAGAUGUUAAGGUCACAACCGCACACUCACUUAACAUCAUAGCCUAUGACCUGACCGGUGCACCAAGCAGCGGUCGAUUCAGACCUGGCUGGGACAAAAACAUAUUGGCACCAAUCCUAGCUUACCAUCGCAGGACCAAGUCUCCUUUCAUGGUUAACCCUUACCCUUACUUCGGUUUCGACCCCAAAAACGUAAAUUUCGCCAUUUUCCGUUCACCGUACAAAGCCGUCCGUGACCCGUUCACACGCAAAGUCUACACAAACAUGUACGAUGCUCUCAUGGACUCGACUUACUCAGCCAUGAAAGCUCUUGGCUACGGCGAUGUCAACAUCGUCGUCGGCGAAACGGGCUGGCCAUCCGCCUGCGACGCACCUUGGUGCUCCCUUGAAAACGCCGCUUGGUUCAACCUCAACAUCAUCAAACGCUCUCAAGGCCAAGGGACACCUCUCAUGCCCAACAGACGUUUCGAGACUUACAUUUUCGGUCUGUUUAACGAAGAAGGUAAGCCUGGUCCGACCGCUGAGCGGAACUGGGGGCUUUUCCGGUCGGAUUUCUCCCCGGUUUACGAUGUUGGCCUCCUCAGAAACGGACAAGGUGGUGGCGGCCGCGGCGGCGGCGGCCGUCCAGCGUUGCCUGCGCCUAGUACUGGCGGUGGAAAAUGGUGUGUGGCUAAGUCGGGAGCGACGGAUGCGCAGCUGCAAGGGAAUAUUGAUUGGGUUUGUAGUCAGGGAGGUGUUGAUUGUAAACCGAUCCAAGCAGGUGGUUCGUGCUUUAACCCGAGCAACUUGAGGACGCAUGCUUCUUUUGUAAUGAACGCUUAUUUCCAGAAAAACGGCCGCAAUGAUGGGUCGUGUAACUUCAGUGGAACUGGAGUCGUUGUAGGAAACAACCCAAGUAAUGGUGCUUGUAAGUACUAAGUAUAUUUAAGUAUGUUGUUGUCUUAAUAAGAGAUUUGUCUAUGUAGCAUUUGUUUGGAAAAGUCCUAACAUAUGGGAACUUUGGGUUGGAGAGAUCAUCGAGUUUGUUGUGUUUUAAUUUCGGAUGUUCUAAUUUUAAGGUUCUUUUAUUCAUUCCUUUUUUUCUUUCUCGUUAAUUCCUUUUUAUUUGAAUAAAUAAAGUUGGAACUUGGCUUUCAAUAA